UAGAGAAUACUAAACCGUGUUAAGUCAUCAUACUAACUAUCACAGACACACACAAAAGGGACAAGUUCUCAUCUAAGAUUUGGAAAAACUGAGUUGUAUGGCAACCAGAUCAAAGAGCUUUCAAUUGAUCACCGGCUUUAGGAAGCACCUCGUUGACGCCGUCGUCCCACGCGCCAUCGCGUCUGCUCCCAUCACUUCAAGAAGUUACUCCUCGGGGUAUGACAAGAACGUGGAGGACGAAUUGCAGGCAAGUGCAGUUCCUGAUGAUGUCAUAAAGCCAGAUUCUGAUAAAUAUUGGUCUCCUCAUCCUCAAACCGGAGUCUUUGGCCCUUCCACAACUGAGCACAGCCCAGCAGCUGAGGCUGCUCGCCAAGACUCGGCGGUGCUAGAAGAGACUGCUUGGUUUCGUCCCACAAGUCUCGAGGACUCGGACAAGACUCACCAUGUUUAAGUCUAUCUCUCUUCUCUCUUUCUGUUUGUUGUACUUUCUGAUGUGUAAUGUUGUAAUAAAUCUCGAAGUAGACAAACUGUAUCUCAAGCAACGUCCUGGAAAACUAAAUUAAACCAAAACCAAA